AUGGGUGCAUUCGAUAAUCUCUUGCUCGGCGUAGACGAAGGCGUCUCGGGCAUCUUCUCGCAAUGGAACGUCUACACAACAGCGCUAGCAGGCGUGCUUGCCGCGGGGGUGACGUACCACGUCGCGACAUCAGUGGAUCCCGAUACGCAUCCUCUGCGGUUGGCGAGGCAGUCUCUUCCGAACCUCGUAAGGCAGGAGGGCGAGAGCGCGCUCUAUAGGUCUUCGGAUCUCGGGGGCGGCGAGCUGAGGACCGGUCUGGAGGUUAGGAAGAAGGGAGCGCUGAAGUGGUCGAAGGGGAGUGAUGGGGACUUGAGGGAUGUAUGGAGGCAGGUGGUGCAGGGGGCCGAGAAGAGGGAGGGUGUUGAGGCUGGUGCGAGGGGGAAGCUUCUUACAGUUCAUGGGGCACAGAAGGUUACGGAGCACAAGAUUGAGGAGAUUACCAGGGCGAUCAACCUUAUCGGUCAACACAUUUCCCAGCAGGGCGGCAUCCGCGUGGCCAUCUACCUCCCCAACAGCAUCGAGCUCCUCGUCACGCUCUUCGCCUGCUCCUUCUACCCGAACCUCACGACCAUCCUCAUUCCCUUCGGUGCAUCCCCCGAUGAGCUGAUCUCGAUGCUCCGCCGCUCCGCCGCGGACACCGUAGUUGCUGCCCCCGGUACCUUCCCAUUCGAUGGCGUCGUCAAGGCGUACCCUUCCCUCAGGAACCUCAUCUGGGUUGUUGACGAGGGCUCAUCUCAUAUGGACUGGAACGAAAUCCCCGAGGGUAUGGGAGGCAGCGUCAACGUGGCCACGUGGCAGGAGAUCGUCGACGAGAGCCCGCUCCAGGCUGGACUCGAGCUUCCUGAGGACGGACCCGAACCGGGGCCCGUGGUGGUCUUCUGGCAGGGGAAGCCGGGUACACUUGAGGAGAUGGUCAAGUUUACGCAGAAGAACAUUGUUGCCGGUAUGGCUUCCAUCUUAGGGAGCGUGCCUUCGAAUGAGCGGAUGGGACCUGCGGAUGUGCUCCUGCCGGCGGACUCUCUGUCGAAUAUGUACACCCUCGUGGUGACCCUCUCCGCUCUCUACGCCAACGCCUCUGUAGCGUUUAACUCGGUCGCCGGGCGUGACACCGACCUCGUCCUCGCGACGCAAGGAGUCUCGCCAACGAUCCUUGUCGCGGCACCCGAGACCUUGGCCCGCGUUCACGAGGAGUCAUCCUCCAAGGUAACGUCAGCACUCCAGUCGGCCGCUCUCCGCUCCCAACUCCGCACGCUCAGCCAAAAGGGAGCAUUCCCAUCGCCUAACUCCUUCUGGGGCAACUUCCUCGCUCCCACACGUCCUAUCGUCGGCUCGGGCGCUUCGAAGCUGCGGCUCGUGUUCGUCGGCGAGCGCGCGGACGGAGGAGCGCCACCGCUCUCGUCGAAGCAGCUCGCGGAGCUGAGGGUGUUCCUCGGCGCGCGUGUUUUGUAUGCGCUCACGGCGGCGGGGGUGGCGGGCCCCGUGGCGCAGACUUGGUUGUAUGAUUAUCGCGUCUUCGAGGAGGGGGCGUAUUCGCACUUUGGACCGCCUAGUCUUAGUGUGGAGGUAUUUUUGAGGGAUAACGGCGAGUAUAAGACUACGGAUGACAAGGUUGAGGGAGAGAUUGUUGCUCGUGGACCUAGUGUUGCACGUGGAGAGUUGGCGCUUGGGGUGAAUGGUAGGAUUAGGGAGGAUAACACGCUGGCCUACGUAUAA